AGGUGGCGCCUUAUUUCAAUUCUGUGGCUUAUGCUCUCGGUAUUAUAUAUAUAUAUAUAUAUAUAAUAUGUAUAUAGCUUUUGUACGUUAACCAAUGAGGCAAAUUUGAGGCCAGUGCCAGCUGAGAACUCGAAACAAAAAUUAUACUCUUCUCACUUGCUUACAGCUGCAUGUAUAUACGUGCAUAUAGAACUUUCCAAAAACGGUCACUACGGCUAGUUUAUUAAUAACAAUCGGAAAAAUGUGAACUGAUGAGAUUUUUGGUGAAUGCACGAUAAACCAGUUCAUUCGAUACAACUUGUGAAUUGUUCACGCUUGAAAGGAGCUGUUUUAUUUAUACUUUGGAGAGUUUAUGUUAGAAUUGCUUGGAUAACAAGGUUAAUCAAUUCUCCUAUUGAGCACUCUCUUCUCUGGUGUUUCUUGGGAUUCUUAUUUAGAUAGUUUAGUGCCGGCGCAAUGUCAAAGCCAGACGCUCCAAAAUUAGUGACAGCUCUAUUUACAUUCAAAGGAAGUAACAACGACGAGUUGUGUUUUAGGAAGGGGGAUGUUAUAACGAUAACACAAACCGAUGAUGGAGGAUGGUGGGAAGGUACCUUGAAUGACAAGACCGCCUGGUUCCCUUCCAACUAUGUCAAGGAGUGUCGAGCACCUGAUCCUGGACAUUCUUCCGGAAUGUCAUCGCCGGAGAAAUCAAAUGCAGAGCUUCCAGUUAUUCAUUCACGAGUGAAUAGGGAAAUUGUACUGCAAGAUUUCGUGGAUUCAGAAAGAGCCAAUGUCACGGAAAUCCAGGGUAUCGUUAAUAAUUUCCUCCAACCGUUGGAGAAGACUCAUCUAUUGACAAAGGAAGAGUUCAAACAAUUAAUAGGAAACAUUGAUGACAUUGUAGAAGUUCAUGAGUGUUUGCUAUUAAAUCUAGAGGCAAUAGCAACGCAAGGACCCGAUGCUAGAGUCGGAAAUUUAUUUCUUACUUUAGCCCCAAGACUGCAAUCAGUUCAUUUGAAGUAUUGCAGUGGCCACCCUCAGGCGGUCUGCAUUAUGGAUCGUUACCGAGAUGAACUCAAUGAUUUUAUGGAGCAAACUGGGGCUGUCACCCCAGGGAUCCUUGUCUUGACUACAGGACUCAGUAAACCAUUUAGGAGGUUGGAUAAAUAUGGUGCAAUACUUCAGGAAUUGGAAAGGCAUACAGAGAACAAUCACUUUGAUCGAGGUGAUACACAAAGGAGUAUCAGCGUUUAUAGAGAAAUAGCAGAACAAUGCAACUAUAUCCGCAAACAAAGGGAAUUAGCUCUUCAGAUUUUCACCAGCGGAAUAAAAGGUUGGGAAGGAGAGGAACUGAAUGCCCUUGGUGAAAUAUUACACGUUGGAGCUGUGACAAUAGCCGUGGGCACUGAACGACGUGACAGAUACUUCGUACUUUUUCCUAUGACUCUCCUAGUACUCAGUACAAGCUCUCGUAUGAGUUCUUUCAUCUACGAGGGAAAACUUCCUCUAACUGGUAUCGAUAUCACCUUAAUCGAAGAAACGGAGGAUUCAAAAAUUGCCUUCGAAAUUUCGGGUCCUUUCAUUGAGAGUAUCACAGUGCUUUGUAAUAACCGAGAAGAGCGCCAGCAGUGGGUCAACUUAUUGAGCCAGGAUCAGUCUCCUUCGGGCUUUUUCCAUUCGCCAACAAUAUCACAUAUAAACACUCCAUCGAAUGUAAAACAUCAGCAGAAUCUCCAGGAUCAUCAUCCUUUAGCAGAGAUUAAAUGUUGGUGGAAUCUCGCCUCACUACGACCUGCACCGCCAAUGUAUUCAACCAAGAACCAAAACAAGUCUGACAUAGUGAAUGGUUGUCAAUCUCCACGAAAUACAAACGAGCGGACAUUUGAAGAUGAUGCUAUUAUCCUGAAAGUCAUUGAGGGUUACUGUAUGAUUGUCAACAGAUUCACAAUGCAUCCUGACUAUUUCGAUGAAUCACCUAAUAAGCCUACACUAUCUUUAAUGUGUAGUAGGCACAUGGACUCCUUUAACGAGAGGACUGUGCCGGAAGCCCUUGAAACUUUGAAAAGCCAAAUGGAGAAUCUUCGAACGCAGAUGAUUCAGCUUACAAAACAACUAAACGAGGAGAAACAAUUAAGACUUUUGCUUGCUGAAACAAUCAAGCAAAGGGUCCCCGGAAUUGAGAGUUUAGUUUCUUACACUGAACGCCCUUUAAGAGAAUCUUGAGAAUCAUUGAUUGUUAAUUAUUGCUACACUUGUCUUUCAAAACUACUCUGAAAAUUCACUAAAUAUGAAGUCAAAGAAGGAAGAUAAAUAAUUUGAGGCCGUUUCUUUCUCUCAUUUACGACUUUUUCUUAUAUAAUUGUAAAAGACACUAUAUCUUCUGGAUGCUAUAAUAUGUUGAUAAACGAAGAACUAGAUAUGCUCAUCAACAAUUUCAGUCGGAAGUAUAUUACUAUUUUUUUCAACAUAACACACCGACUCUGAUCUCUGCAAAAAUGACAAUAGAAACGCAAACCUAUUGACUUGGAAAAUUAUACGAAAAUUUGCAUUUACAAUGAGAUACAAGAGUAACGUAGACAACUAGACAACAGACAACAAUUUGUUAUCCCAAUUGUACACAGAAUUGAAUAAACUACAUCAAUGAAUUCA